UUCCAGGGUUCCGGUUCCAGGCUUCCAGUUUUUUCUGACUGCAGGAAUGGAAAGAAAGUUAGAUCAUUGGUUUUAUUAAAUAAUUUUGUAUGGAUUCGACUGAAAAGCAGAGGAAAUAUGUCAGCUCUACUUCACCAUUAAAGGACGAUGGUGUUGAGAACGAACAUCUGGAUGACUCAGCAGAAUGGCAGUUCCUCGAGCCUUUGUGUGACAUUUCUGAGUCGGUAAAACAGUUAGGUCAUUUGAAUUCCUUAGAUAAUAGAAAUUAUGGACAAUUCGAACAUGAUCAGCAUUCAUCUCAUUUAUCCGAAGGAAAUCGAGAAUUGAUACAUCGUUGGCAACAACUUGCGAAGUGGUGUGCGAAGCAUCCGGAUGACCCGUGGAUAAAAUUCCGUUUUGAUAAAUUACCUGUAAGAAAAUGUAAACGUCACCGUUAUUCAUCUAUACAGCAGUGCUGGACCGUUGAUAAUGUGCAAGUGAAAUUGCAUCCGGAGCCUUUCGCUCGAGGUGCAAUGCGCGAGUGUUAUCGCUUGAAAAAGCUCGUAUCGCGUGGUAAAAAUGAUGAUUGGGACCAUGCACAGAACUAUGUUGCCAAAAAAUACAUAAGAAGUGUUGAUAAAGAAGUGCUGUUUGAAGAUGUGAAAUUGCAAAUGGACAGCAAACUUUGGGCUGAGGAAUUUAAUCGUCAUCAUCCACCCAAGAAGAUUGACAUUUUUCAAGUUUGCAUUUUGGAAUUUCUCGAUGAAGAUGAACAUACAUUUUAUCAUCUUGAGCGUUUCAUAGAGGGUGAAUAUAUCAAAUAUAACUCCAAUUCUGGCUUUGUAUCAGAUGUUUGUCGUCAGACUCCUCAGGCAUUCAGUCACUUUACGUUUGAACGUAGCGGGCAUCAGUUGAUUGUUGUCGAUAUUCAAGGAGUGGGAGAUUUGUACACCGAUCCGCAAAUACAUACCGCAACUGGAGAAGGUUAUGGUAGUGGAAAUCUUGGUACAAAAGGGAUGGCAUUAUUUUUCCACUCCCAUUUUUGCAACGACAUUUGUCGAUCAAUGUGCUUGACGGAGUUCGAUCUUGCUGAAAGCGAGAGAAAUGCUCUCAAGGGAGGUGGUAACGUCGAAAGGAAUUGGAAUUCAGUGACUAGAAGUAGUAGUAAUAGACCAGCAAGCAUUUGUUCAUCGCUUGUUGAAGAAAGAGGUAAUGCUAUGGACGAGCUACGACGCAGAACAGUAUCAGUGAACAGCUCGGGAAGACGUUCUUCAGUAUCUUCGUUUUGUGAUGAACAAAGCAGUGAUACACAGUGUUCUGAUGUGCGACUUUCUAACGAUUGUUUUGAGCAAGUUAUACGAGACUCUGACAAACCUAUGGCUAAAGCACAAAUCACCAGUUCUAGUUCCUCAAAUUUAUGCGAUUCAACUGAUAGUGAGAUGAAAGAACGAAUAUAUCACGAUCCUCAGUUUGGAAGUUUGAGUAGCUGCAGUUCGAAAAUGACUGGAGAAGCAGAAAGAGAAGCAUACUGGUUAGAAAAACGCAAAUUUUCACGACCGGCGGGGCUCUUAUCGGAAUCGCAAAUCAAAGAACUUUCUGAAUUCUCGCAAAAAAUUCAUGGUAUAAAUUGCAUCCUUGGCCAGAUACAUUUGGAUCUUGCACGUUAUCAUGAACUGGGACAGUUUGUUGAGAAAUCGGCUUUUGUUUGUUCCGAGAAAGAGAACGUUUAUUCAACGAAAGAUUACGGAUACAAAAAAAGAAAUUGUAUUGGUUACGACAAAGAUGCAGCUUUCUAUCACCUUGACAUUGCUCGGCGUUGUGGUGUUCUUGAAGCGAUAAUCACUAUGGCUAAGAUGGCUUUUGGUCAGUCUCACGAGCUCCUGAAAGAAAUAGUUUGUGGAGAAGUGUGGGAAAAUGAAGAUCUAGAAGGGACUGGUUUCGAACUUAUGGAAUGUGCUGCAGAUAUGGGUGAUCAAUCCGCCGUCAUUUUCGUUGCACAAGCGUAUGAAACGGGUCGUUUUCUCGGGCCAAUGAAAAAACCGUCGUGGCCAAAAGCUGUUGCUUGGUAUGAGAAAGCUUUAAAUUUUCUUCAAAGUUCGGAAACAAAUGAAAAUGAAACACCUCAUGAAGGUGUCCGUCCUCGUUAUGAGUUGCUGGAGCGAAUGGCAGUUAUGUAUAGAGAGGGUGGAUAUGGCUUGUUGCAAGACUUAGCGAAAGCAUAUGAUUUGUAUACUGAAGCGGCCGUGUCAGCAACAAAAGCUAUGCAAGGAAAGCUGGCAAACAAAUACUAUGAACUGGCAGAACAGUGUGUAUAAGUAUAUGCUUCCACCCUUAAACUGUAUUUUUUGUAUAUGCUUUAUUUAUUUUAUACAGCUCACCUCAUCUUUUUGAUACUCUAUCUCCGUUCUUCAGAAUCUUUUUCUGUUGAUAUCUGUAUUUCACGUAGUUUUUUUUUAAUGUUUAAGAUAUUUUGUCAUUUCCUGAUAUUUCCUAACAAUCUUGCUAUCAGAUGACAUUUCGUAAUUGUAUAGAUGAGAAGAAGAUCGUGAAAUUGUCGUAUGCGCUUAGGUACUUAAGUGACCUGUAUGAUCACUUCAAGUAUAAGUUCUUGAAUCUCACGAAGUUUUGUUUUCGAGAUUUUUCCUUGAGUGCAAAUGACAGAUGGGGAACGCCUCCAGUGUUUCAUUUACUUCCAUUACUGUUGUUUACGGUUAGUUUUGUUGCUAAUUAUGUCAAUCUUCUUGUUGGUUCUUCAUUUUUUCUAGGACUAAUAAUCUUAGAGCUCGAUAUCAAAUGGUUAGCACGUCUUUUCGAUCUUUCACAUAUGCAAUAAAUUUGAAUCUUCAGCAUAUUACUGGAAUGACAUCUUUGUUCAGUUAUGUGCACAUUUCUUUUAUUAGCUUAGAAGUAAAGGGCUCUAAGUUUCUUUUUUUUGAUUCUUCACAUUUCACAGUUUAAUAAGUUCAUUUAUUGGUAUUAUCGUUUAAAGUAUCAUUGAGGCAGUUUCAAACUGUCUUAUCACACUUCAUUUGUUGACGAUCGAAGCGCGGUAGAGCAAUGAAUGGCAAUAUUUCAGGCUUGCGUAUUUAGACUUUGUCCUGAAGCAACACUCUCCAUUGUUCCGGCAUGCAUCUUUAAUAUUGCUUGAUAGCUUUUUUUCUCCCU